CUUGCUUGAGUACUAUCAAGGUAAAACAUUCAAGUUUUCAUUCUAGGCAAAAGAAAGGAAAAAUGUCAUCAUCCAAUGAUGCCUCUUCUUCACUGAACAACUCGAAUGCUAAUUCCAGCGUUGAAAAAAAACUUAAAGCACUUAUGGUAUAUGAUAACCGCACAAUUACAAUGAUCCACGAAGCACUUCUAAGGAGAUUUGGUGUGGAAACACAUGAAGCGAAAGAUGGCCAAGAAGUUGUCCUUGCUCAUCGCUCUGGUGCAUGCUUUGAUCUGAUUCUGAUGGACUUAGAUAUGCGAGUGGUAAACGCUCGUCAGACAAUUAAGGAACUUCGAGAUAUGCAUGUGCGUAGCGUAAUUGCGGGAUUGACUUUCCGUGGAGAAGAAGAGAUGAAGCCAUUCAUGGAUGCUGGCCUUGAUUAUUAUUAUCCGAAGCCGCUUCCUUUCGAUGUAGUUCGCCAUCUUGUGGAGAAAAUUAAGGAGGAUGCUUAGACUUAUCAAAAGUAUUUUAGAGAAGUUAAGAAAAUAAGUCAGACAACUUGAUAUUAGUGGAGAUUAGCUAUAUUACUUUCUGGUUAUGCUUUCUAAAGUAUGUAUAUUAUACUUACAACUACCAAUAACAGCUUUUUGUUAAGAACUAA